AAUUCAGAUUCGUCUUCCGUCGAAAACCAAAUACCUGCCAGCACUGACCAGACAGAAUAAGAGAAGAGUUUCACAACAGAACUUCCUCUUCCUCUCUCUCCCCCCCUCUCUCGGCUUCUUAUCCUCUGCGAGACCAUAGUUUGUUGUGGGUUUUUUUGAUCGGAGAAGAUAAUGAAGUUUGGGAAUUCGAAUUCUCACGAUGAAAUUGGGGGAAAGCCCUCUUUGUGUACUAAGCCUGAAAAGCUCAUCAUUGAUACUGAUCCUGGCAUCGAUGACAGUAUGGCUAUAUUCAUGGCCUUUCAAUUGUCAGAUUUGGAAGUAUUAGGUUUGACAACAAUAUUUGGUAAUGUUACUACAGAGGAUGCUACUCGCAAUGCCUUGCUUCUGUGUGAGAUUGCAGGACGUCCUGAUGUUCCAGUGGCAGAGGGCAGUCUUGAGCCUCUAAAGGGAGGAAAGCCACGUAUUGCUGACUUUGUUCAUGGUUCCGAUGGAAUGGGAAACAUAUUUCUAGCACCCCCAAAAGAAAAGAAAAUUGGGAUAAAUGCUUCUGAAUUUUUGGUUGAUAAGGUUUCUGAACAUCCUGGUGAGAUAUCCAUACUUGCACUGGGACCAUUGACAAAUUUGGCUUUGGCAAUUAAAAGGGACUCAUCCUUUGCAAGCAAAGUGAAGAGAAUGGUGAUACUUGGUGGUGCUUUCUUUGCAAUGGGAAAUGUCAAUCCUGCUGCUGAAGCAAAUAUCUAUGGUGAUCCAGAAGCAGCUGAUAUUGUGUUCACAUCUGGGGCAAAUAUUGUUGUUAUUGGCAUAAACAUUACCACUCAAGUUAAACUAACAGACUCUUUGAUUGUUUCAGAUGCAGACCUCUCCGAGUUGAGGGGUUCAAGAGGAAGAUAUACCAAAGUGCUAAGUGACAUGAUCGUAUUUUACAGAGAUUGGCAUGUGAAAUCUGAUGGUGUUUUUGGUAUUUUCCUCCAUGACCCAGUAAGUUUUGUGGCCCUAGUCAGGCCUGAUCUCUUUACCUACAAGGAGGGGGUUGUGAGGGUUGAAACACAGGGCAUCUGUGUGGGACAUACACUAAUGGAUCAAGGACUGAAAAGAUGGAAUGCGAGCAACCCAUGGUCAGACUACUCACCCAUUUUGGUUGCAUGGACGGUUGAUGUGGAUCAAGUUGUUAUGUAUGUAAAGAAACUACUAAUGAAAACAUGAAGCUUUAUGAGCUUGUGAUAUCCAAGCCUGGAAACUGUAGAAAAAGAAAGUCUAGAUUCUCAACCAUUAGCUAGAUACCAUUUGCCAAUUCUUCCAGUUCUUUGUGGUCAGUCCCAAACCUGAGGCUGAUUUAUUUGUCCCAUAAUUCUCAGAUUAUGAUUUAUGUUUAGACUCUGUAGUAUACAUUGCGUUUUUUGAUAUUCAAAAAUUGAAAUAUUUUACUCUA